AUGUAAAAAUUAGCUAGUUUUGAAGAUGUGAUGUUGAUUGUUGUCUGCCCGGUGAUAAACAUCCUCAAGGGUGCACGGAGCGAAGACGUUUGCUGCUCGGAAGAUUACAGUGAUUUUUGUUUGUCUAGGCUUUUCACGUCGUCACGAACCAGACCUGUCCCGUCCGUCCGUCGGAACCACGCUUCGUUCCGGGCUCGAGACCACCGGCGUCGGAAUCAACAGGACCGUGAAGAGCGGGCGGCAGAGGUCCCGGCACACCACCGUCCGUCCGGCGGAAACACGCUUCGUUCCGGACUCGAGACAACCGGCGUCGGAAUCAACAGGACCGUGAAGAGCGGGCGGCAGAGGUCCCGGCACACCACCGUCCGUCCGUCGGAAACACGCUUCGUUCCGGACUCGAGACCACCGGCGUCGGAAUCAACGUGAGCGGGCGGCAGAAGUUCCGGCACACCACCGUCCGUCCGUUGGAACCACGCUUCGUUCCGGACUCGAGACCACCGGCGUCGGAAUCAACAGGACCGUGAAGAGCGGACGGCGGAGGUCCCGGCACAGCAACAUCCAGGAUCAUGAACUGCACCGUUGAAGGAUGUGGCAACAGCUAUCGGAAAUGUCGAGGCAGCA